AUGUACGAUCUGCGCUCGGUGUUAGCCGAUUAUUUUGGAGCGAAUUUGGUCCCUGUCCGCAUCCUGCUCGCCGAGUUCUUGGGGACAGCGUUUCUGGUGGCUCUCGGCGACGGAUCUGUUGCACAAAUGGUACUCAGCAAAGGAGCUCUGAACUCGUUUUUCACCGUCACCAUCGCCUAUGGGCUCGCCGUCGCGUUUGGAGUCUAUCUCGCCAUCGGAGUGUCCGGUAAGAAAAUUCGAAUAUGCUAA